AUGCAAAAAUUGAUUAAAACAACUAUAAAGGAAAGAAGAACCACAGGUAAUACAAACAAUAGUCCAUUUUCUUUUGAGUAUACUUUUGAGGAUGAUGCGCUCACUUAUGACGAAAAAGCAGAAAGAAAAACGUCUAAAUGCAACUUGAACAAUAAUUCACAAAAACAUUUAGAAGAGAGAAACACUGAAAAGCAACAAGAAAAUAAUAUAAUAGGACAAGAAAAAGACCAGAAUAAGCAAAAUAGAAGUCUAGAAAUACAGAAUGAAAAAGUGAAAGAACUAGAUCAGGACGUAGAAAACGAAAAAAUACAAGAAGACGCUCCGGAGACGCAGACUGAUGAAGCAACCAAUACUGAAAUAGAAGAAAUCGUUUCAAAUGAGGUGAUGAUGAUACAGGUGAAAAUCUCUCAUCCGAUAUAA